AUGGCAUUGCUAUGGAAAGAGGACUUACGGAUAAAACAAGUGAUCACAACAGCCUUUACUAUUGAAGCUCAGAUUGAGGAUAUGGAAAGCAAGUGUGAUUGGUGGUUUGUAGGUGUCUAUGCCAACAGUGAGGAUCAAGUAAGGAAACAGCAAUGGAAGGUGUUACAGGCGAGGAAAAGAUUGUGGGGAGACAAAUGGUUAAUAGCAGGUGAUUUCAAUGACAUUGUGUCAAAUGACGAGAAAUGGGGUGGCAACUGGAGGGAGGAGGGUAGCUUCAAGGCAUUCAGGGAUUUCAUUAAUGACAACCAGUUGAUGGAUGUGGGAUUUCAGGGACAUCCAUGGACUUGGUGUAACAAUUGGGAAGGUCCUGGGGAAGUAAAACAAAGACUGGAUAGAGGCUUGUGUAGCUACCCUUGGCUACAAACUUUUGAGCAGGUCACCUGCAAACAUCAGGAUACAAUUGCAUCUGACCAUAGCAUGCUGAUUUUUGACACCAAGCCAUGUCCAACUAGGAAGAAAAAACGAUUCUAUUUUGAUAAAAUGUGGCUCCAAAGAGAAGAAAUCAAUGACAUUAUCAAACAGGCAUGGGACCAGGAUGAUGAAGGCACACGGAUGUUUAGAGUUAUAAGCAAAGUGAAAAGGUGUAGGGUGACACUUUUGCAAUGGAAAAACAAGAUACAAGGUAAUGCUAGAGAGAAUAUUGAAGCACUCAAGUGCCAAUUGCAGGAGCUAAAACCUAGAGACUUUGAGGGCAAGAGGGACGUAAGGAAUGGUCUAAAAAAGAGUUUGAAAGAGGCAUACAGAAAUGAAGAGAUGUACUGGAGUCAAAAAGCUAGAGUGCAAUGGUUAAAGACAGGCGAUAAGAAUACCAGUUUCUUCCAUGCUACUGUGGAGGGGAGACGUAAAAGGAAUCGCAUGCUGGAAAUUCAAAGAGAGAAUGGCACCUGGACUAAGGGUGAGAAGGAGCUUGGUGCUGAAGUUGCGGAUUACUAUAAACACCUUUUCUCAACAUCAGAAACAAGGGAAAUGGAGGAGGUUCUGGAUGGUAUACCACACACGAUCUCAGAUAGUAUGAAUGAAAAUCUAACUAAACCUGUGGGAGAGGAGGAAAUCAGAUCAGCAUUAUUUUCCAUGUAUCCGGAUAAGGCACCAGGUAUAGAUGGAAUGCCACCCCUUUUUUUCCAAAAGUUCUGGCAUAUAGUCAAAAAGGAUAUAGUUGGUGCUAUUCAAACUUUUUUUCACACUGGUCAUCUAACUAAGUCAGUAAAUCAUACCAUUAUCUCCCUCAUUCCCAAAGUCAAGAUUCCUACUUCCCUCACGCAUUAUAGACCCAUAAGCUUGUGCUCUACUGUGUAUAAAAUUAUAGCUAAGAUUUUAGCUUGUAGAUUGAAACCAAUUCUUCAGUCCUGUAUAAGCAAAAAUCAAUCAGCUUUUAUCCCUGGAAGGCAAAUUCUAGAUAACAUUAUGAUUUCCCAUGAGUUUCUUCAUUAUCUCAAAAACAAAAGGUUUGGGAAAGAUGGUUUUAUGGCUGUGAAAUUAGAUAUGUCUAAAGCUUAUGACAGGGUGGAAUGGAGAUUCCUGGAAGCUAUCAUGCAGAAGAUGGGUUUCAAUGAUAAAUGGAGGAGCUGGAUCAUGGAAUGCAUUUCAUCAGUUUCAUAUUCAUUCAUGAUCAAUGGAGAGGUGAAGGAGUAUGUAAUACCGCAGAGAGGAAUUAGACAGGGAGACCCAUUGUCACCCUAUCUAUUCUUACUUUACUCUGAAGGAUUCUCCAAUCUCCUCAACAAGCCAGCAACUGCACAAAGAAUAGCAGGCAUGCGAAUUAGUAGGCAAGGGCCUAGAUUAACCCACUUGUUUUUUGCAGAUGAUUCGCUAAUAUUUUGUAAAGCUGACUCCCAAAAUGCAACUGAACUCAGAAGACUACUCCAAGUGUAUGAAAAGGGUACUGGACAGCUCAUCAAUCUUGACAAAUCCUCAGUCAUCUUCAGCCCGAAUCUGGAGAGGGAAUUAAAGAUGGAAAUCUGUCAAGCACUUGGGAAUAUUCAAGUGGCCACCCAAGGUAAAUAUUUGGGACUCCCAAUGGUGAUUACCAGCUCAAAACAGCAACUAUUCGGCUUCAUUAAAGACAACAUCCAGCAAAGAAUGAAGAAAUGGAAAAAUAAGAUGUUAAGUGCCGCAGGUAAAGAGGUGAUGCUCAAAUCAGUGACAAUGGCUAUGCCAACAUAUACGAUGUCAUGUUUCAACCUGCCAAAGAAGAUAUGCAAAGAGAUCAAUGCGGUGAUGGCAAACUAUUGGUGGGGAGAGGCAAAUGGAAAGAACAAGUUGCAUUGGAGAUCAUGGAGUAAAAUGUCACUGGAUAGGAAGGAUGGGGGCUUGGGAUUUAAAGAUCUAGCGACAUUCAAUGCAGCUCUACUGGGUAAGCAAGUGUGGAGGUUGCUCACACAACCAAAUCUACUUGUUAGCAGAGUGCUCAAGGACAAAUACCAUCCACGAGAUUCACUACUCAAGUGCAAAGUAGCUGGGAAUGCAUCUUGGAUUUGGAAAGGACUGAUGGGAGCAAGGCACCUGAUAGAGAAAGGGUCCAGACGAAGAAUAGGUAAUGGAAAGAGUACUCACAUAUGGAAGGAUAGCUGGCUGCUAGAUAAACAUCAAGGCAAGGUCACCACACUGAAACCACAGGGAUGCAAGCUGGCUAAGGUAGAGGAGCUGAUAAUACACAACAGAUGGAACCAAAAUCUGAUAUUCAGAAAUUUCAACUCCAAGGAUGCAGAAAGUGUACUAAGCAUUCCCAUAAGCCUGGUCAAUAGAGAGGACAGCAACUACUGGUGUCACACCUCCAAUGGGAAUUACUCAGUGAGAUCAGCUUACAACUUACAAGUUGAUGUCCAGAGGGAACAUGCACAAGAAACCAGGGAGAGAGUAGGUACAAGCUGGAGUUCGGCUAGAGAAAAAGGUUGGAAAUAUCUUUGGAAGCUGAACAUUAAGCACAAGGUUAAGAUUUUCUUGUGGAAAUGUUUGAACCAGGCGCUACCUGUAAGGCAACUCAUUUAUGAUAGAACCAAACAAGGUGACCCAACAUGCCGGUUUUGUGGUGAGGAAGGUGAGACCAUAGAGCAUGCGUUGCUUAACUGCAGCCAUGUCAAAUUAGUAUGGAAAAUGUCACCUGUCCAGUGGGAAGGAAUUCAAGACCAGCAGGGUUGUUUCAGUAAGUGGUGGACUACAGUGAUGGAAGCCAGAAUGAGAAGCGAAGGUAGCAAACAUAUCUCCCUAACAGCAAAUAUCCUUUGGCAAAUUUGGAAAAGCAGAAAUGCGAACGAAUUCAACGCCAAGCAGCACCCUCCUAUGAAAAUAAUGCAGACAGCUCAAGAGGAAUGGUUGGAAUAUGAGGAAGUUUUGACAAAAACCUCAAGCAUGAGCACAGGAGAAACAAGAGACCAGAUGGAAUCCCCUCAGCAACAGCAACAUAUCGAAGGCCUCAUGAGACUAAGGUUUGCAACACAAAAGAGCAAACACACUCCUCAAUUUGGGAUAGGUGUCACUAUAACAAGGGACAAUCAAAGCAUGAUACGAGGGUGGACGUUGCAAGAACGAAGUUCUGGACACCAGGUCCUGGAUGAGCUCAUAGCAAUCAAACUACUGAUAAGUAAAGCUGCUGUCCAGAAGUUGGAGAAGAUUGAAGUGCAAAUCCAGAACAAGGUAACGUUUACUCUUCUCCAGCAAAGGAAAUCUCAGGAAAUGCGAAUGCUCACCCUGAUGGAGGAUAUCUAUAGUCUUAAGUCCUUGUUUCGCAUGUGCUCCUUUUGUUUAAUUAAUAGGAAUCUUAACCAUAUUACUCAUAGGUUAAGCGUGCAAGCGCUAGACUUUGUUGUAGAUCAGGAAUUUUGGAUUCCUCAGUGUGAAUUAACUUUCGACCACGAGGUAGAGAAGACUGCGCGUACAACAAGGAAAAAGACCAGACAACUCAGAGAAGAGCACUCCAGUGCUGCAUCUCAGAGACCUGAGCCAGAAGUUGAACUAACAGAUUCACUCAAUGAUACUUCAAGUGAGGAACCCUACAAGCAUUUGCAAGAGUUCAAUGUCAUUUGCAACAGUAUGAAGCCUCCGAGAAUUACAGAAGAGCAGAUAAAAAUGAAAACCUUCCCCUUCUCUUUGAAAGAUUCCGCGAAAGACUGGCUGUACUACCUACCACCAGGUAGUAUCACCACGUGGGACCAGUUGAAGAAAAAAUUCUUAGACAAAUACUUUCCGGCGUCUCGGAUAGCCAGUUUAAAGAAAGAAAUAUGUGGCAUCAAGCAAUACCGAGGCGUGUCCCUCCAUAAGUAUUGGGAAAGGUUCAAAAGGCUGUUUAUCAAAUGCCCUCAGCAUCAGAUAAGUGAGAAACUAUUCAUCCAAUAUUUCUAUGAGGGGUUACUCUUCAGGGACAGAAGUAUAAUCGAUGUUGCAAGUGAAGGGGCAUUGGUGAACAGACUCCUCGAGAAGCGUGGGAGCAAAUUGAAGGAAUGGCUGAGAAUUCGCAGCAGUUUGGUACGAGGGAGGAUGUCCUGA